AUGGAACCACUCAUCCUUGGCUGUCGGCAUUUGGCAUUUGCAUAUUUUGUUAGUAAGGAUUUGUCACCCACUGUCCCAAGCUGGCUCCUGGACCCAAUUGGACCUGGAACCGGCAGCAUUUUUGGCGCUCCUCUGAAUCCGCAUCGGAAAUGA